GAAGAUGUCUCCACAUCCAACACCCUCUCGUUUGCAUUUCAUCUUCUCCUCCAGUCUAUUGCAGAUUCCUGUGUUCAUGAUAGAUUAAUCCUGUGGAAACAAGUAGAAGAUGAAUACUGUAGAGGAGGCCGCUGUGAUAGCUCUGGAUAUGGAAUGGGUAAGACUCUUGGAGAAGAGGGUGGAGGACACACAGUGGGGGGAGGAAUGGCGCACCAAGCGGCCGACCAUCUACAGAGUCCCAAACCACAUCCGAGACAGUGAUUCCGACGCCUACGACCCGAUGAUCGUCUCGAUCGGUCCCUACCACCAUGACAAGCCUCGCCUGCAAGCCAUGAACCACAUCAAAUGGCACUACCUCAAGCAAUUCCUGGGCCGAAACCCUCACAUGGGCCUGGCAGACUACCUUUCGGAGAUCAAGGAUAAAGAGCGCGACAUACGCAUGGCCUAUUCAGAACAGGUGGACAAGAGCAGCAACGAUUUCCUCCAAAUGAUGUUGCUUGACGGCUGCUUUGUGAUCGAGAUGUUAUUGUACUGGAAAGGUCAGGGAGGACUGGAAGCUGCGCAGAAUCCAAUCACACGCCCAUCGUCCCUAAUGGUAGUAGCGAGGGAUAUGUUGAUGCUGGAAAACCAGCUCCCUUUCUCUCUCCUCCAGACUUUAUUGGACUCUGCUAUUCCUGACCGGUCUCCUCAGCUAACAGGUCUUAUGAUCAACUUUCUUGAUGGCUGCGUGGAUUUCAAGAUUCAAAUUCCGUCCCGGAGCGUGGAUUUUCACCACAUCCUUCAUCUUCUUCAUUCUCGCGUUACCCCACCAAAGAAGCUUGAUAAGAUGAAGAGCGAGUCAUCCGACUCCAACCGCUCCUUACAGUGGAUGAACAGGUUAUGCUGCUGUGGAGAAGAUCCGGAGGUGACGGACGAGCCCGUUUCCCUGCUGGGAUGGAUUCCGAGUGCGACAAAACUCAGGGAGGCUGGAGUCCACUUCAGGAGGAAGAAGGAGGCGACGAGUUUCCUGGACAUCAGCUUUAAGAAUAAGAAGAUGGAGAUCCCCCAGCUUCAGGUCGAUGACGGCACCAACGCACUCUUCAGGAACCUCAUCGCGUUCGAGCAGUGCUACGACGAGGUCAGCUCUCAUGUCACGGCCUACGCGUCGCUCAUGGAUUGCAUCGUCGACACCGCUGCAGACGUCGCGUUGCUCCAGAAAUGUGGAAUCAUCGUCAGCGGCUUGGGCGACAGCAAAGAGAUCGCCCUUCUCUUCAACAAACUCUGCAAGGAGGUGGCGAUCAACGACAACGAGUGCCAUCUUUCGAGCAUCUUCAGGGACGUCAACAAGCACUGCAACACCAGAUGUAACAAAUGGCGGGCAACAUGAUUACUUCGGUAAUCCUUGGGCGAUCGUCUCACUGUCUGCAGCUAUCUUCCUCUUCGUCCUCGCUAUAACGCAGACCAUCUUAAGGAUUAUAACCUUUGUUCGGCAUCAUAAUUAGUCUCCUCAUUUGCUUCUCCAGCUACUUCCAUUGUUUCUAUGAAUUCUCCAAGAGUGUAUUCCCUAAAGCAAAACAGUGUGUCUUUCAAAUGCAUGGAUUUGUAUUGGAGACCGACAUGUAAAUCUAAAUGAUGUAUAUUAUCAGGCAAUGGAGUCGAUUGCAUGACAAAUGCAAGCCUGCA